AUGUGUAUUAGUAAUAAAAAAGCAUUUAUUCUAUUACUAAGAUUAAAAAAAUUAUACCAUGAUUGGGGAUUAAGCCAUAUUAUUUUAUUAAUAACAUAUUUAUUUUAUCUAUUAAUUUUUGCUUCGUUAUUUUUUAUUUUUGAAUCUGCAAAUACCCGAUCGCACUAUGAAAGAUAUCACAAUAAAGUUAAUCAAAAAAGAAAAGAAUUUAUAACGAAUGAAUUAUUACCAUAUAUAUUUAAUAAUUCAAAACUUUUAGUAUUUAUUCAUGAAGAUAAAACAGUAUACUUAAAUGAAUUAAUGUUAGAAAAACUUAUUGUUUAUGAAAAUUAUGUUAAUGAAAAUAUAAAUAAUAAAAUAUAUAAUGUAUCAUUUUCACAGUCAUUAAAUUAUGCUUUUACAACAAUUACAACAUUAGGAUACAAUAAUAUUAAUUAUAUUACAAGAGAAGGAAAAAUAUUAUCAUUAUUUUUUAGUAUUAUUGGUAUUCCAUUAACAAUAAUUGUUAUUAAAGAUAUUGAAUAUCUUUUAGUUAAAUUAUUUUCAUUACCAUGUAUAAUGGGAAAACAAUUAUGGUAUAUAUUUCGUUUUUGUACAUUACAACCAGCUGAAGAAGAUGAACUUGAAAGAAAAAUUAAACAAUCUGGUGGUAAAAUUUUUAGUGAUUAUCGUUUAAAUACAGCUGAAAAACUUCUUCAUAUGCCAUUAGCUAUAGCUAUAAUGUCAUUGUUAGGAUGGAUAAUAAUUGGUGUUAUUAUUGCUAGUUAUAAUUUACCUUAUCUUGAUAAUUUUACAACAAUAUUUUUUAUUUUUAAUCUUCUUUCAACAAUUGGAUCUGGUAAAAUUGAAUUACAAAAUUUUUCAUUUACAUUUCAAAUAUUUUUUUAUAUUUAUACAAUUAUUGGUCUUUCAAUUGUCUCCUUGUUUAUCAAUCUUAUUCAUGUAAAAUUUAACAAAGCAUAUUGGCUUCCAGCUAAAAUGUAUUUGCCAUUAAAUGGAAAUAAUAAUGGUAUUCAAGUUGCGACAAUGGAUAGUUUUGAUGAUGAUUUAAAUUUAACUGAAAGCCCAUUAUAUCAUUACACAACAAUGGGAAUAUUUCAAACAGAGAAUAAAUGUGCCCUCCUACAAGCAUUAAGAUUUGACAAUGCAUUAGUUGAUGAAAAUAUACAAACAAUAGAUGAUCAUGAAGAAAAUGAAGAAAAAAGAAAUUUAACACUUUAUAAUACAAAUACAAAUGAAAAGAAAAGUUAUGAUGAUGUUAAAGGUUUAAUGUGUGAAACAUAUAAAGGUAAACCACCAAGAAUAAUAUCUUUUAAAGAUGAUCUACAUAUAAAGGAUAUAAAAAGAUAA